AAAUCUCGCCGCGCUUUAGCUAUCAUGCCACACUUCAGUGCAGCUAGCUUCUUCCAGAAGUUUCUUCCCAGCGAUUCUCUGCUGCUGCUCCCUUGCGGCCCGACAGAGAAAUAUCAGUUCGAACACGCCGGCUGACGUCGGGUCGUUCAAUUUCGGUGACAUUUGUCUCCUCGUCUUUGGCGUGAGGUAGAAAAGUCGCCUACGUAUUCAAGUCAACCCGGCUAACCUUUUACCUUUACCCGUAGCUAGCUUAUUUGCUAGCUAGUUAGCUAGCUGGAGAAGCUAGCGUCGUUAGCCACAUGCUGGAGGCUGCUGAUGUGUUCUUGGCACCCAAAAGAGAAGGGGAUCCAUCUGGAAUGUUAUUUUUGAAGACGUGGCUGAAGAAGUGACCGGUUAGUUGUGAUGGGUAAAGAUUAUUACAAAGUCCUGGGAAUAGCCAAGGGUGCCACUGAAGAUGAAAUAAAGAAGGCGUACAGAAAGCAGGCCCUCCGCUACCAUCCGGACAAGAACAAGUCUGCAGGGGCUGAGGACAAAUUUAAGGAGAUUGCAGAAGCCUACGACGUCCUCAGUGAUGCAAAGAAGAAGGACAUUUACGAUCGAUAUGGCGAGGAAGGCCUGAAGGGUUCUGCUGGAGGUGGCGGUGGAGGUCACAGCGGCUCUACCUACAACUACACCUUCCAUGGAGACCCUCACGCCAUGUUCGCCGAGUUCUUCGGCGGCCGCAGCCCCUUCGAUCACUUCUUCUCACAGAACGGCGACGACAACAACAUGGACGUCAACGACCCCUUUGCCGCCUUCGGCAUGGGCGGCUUCCACCGGCACUUUAAACCCCACCCCGGCGGCCCUCACAGCGCCAACGAGAAGAAGAAGGACCCGCCCGUGGUGCACGAGCUGAAGGUGAGCCUAGAGGAGGUGUUCUCGGGCUGCACCAAGAAGAUGAAGAUCUCCCGCAAAAGACUGAACCCCGACGGACGCACCAUUCGCUGCGAGGACAAGAUUCUGUCGGUGGACAUCAAGCGCGGCUGGAAAGAGGGGACCAAGAUCACCUUCCCUCGGGAGGGAGACGAAACGCCCACCAACAUUCCCGCGGACGUGGUGUUUGUGGUCAAAGACAAACCUCAUCCCGUGUUCAGGAGGGAGGGCUCUGAUAUUAUUUACCCUGCAAAAAUAUCACUCAGAGAUGCACUGUGCGGGUGCACGGUCAGCGCCCCCACGCUGGACGGCCGGACCAUCACUGUGACCGCCAGAGACGUGGUGAAGCCGGGCAUGAAGAAGCGCAUCGUGGGGGAAGGCCUGCCUCUGUCCAAGUGGCCCGACAAGAGGGGCGACAUGAUCCUGGACUUUACAGUCAAAUUCCCCGACAAACUGGGACAAAACACCCGCGACGCGCUCAGGCAGGUCCUCCCGCCGUGAUGCGGGGUGCAAUAACUUCAAACACUUUUCAACGCUGUUCUUCAGGGUGCUUUUGCUUUUCAUGAUUUUUUUAAAAGCCUACUUUUGACUUUGCUUGUCUGGAGACAACAUCUAAAAAAAAAAAAAACACAAUCAAAGAUUUGGGUAUUUAUUGUUAGCUGGAGUCUAUCAAUGGACUAAACCUUGUUUUUGUUUUUAAGAGUGAACCAACACUGCCUGAGUGUGGAGCAUUUGGAGCGCUUACUUCAGGUAUUUUACUAUCACAGAUGACGACAAAUACUGAGCCACGUACACUUUGGGGAAUACUUCGUAGAAAGGAUUCUCGAGUAUUAGGGCCACACUGAAAAGGAAAAAAAAAGUUUUUUUUUUUGUUUUUUUUUUAAAUGAUAGUUUUAUGAGGGGAAAUGGUCCCAUUAUGAUGACCCUAAAGGUAUCAUUUUAUGAGGAAAAAGUUGUAAUCGUAACAAAAAGUUGUAAUUUUAUGAGAAAGUAUUGUGAGAAAAAUGGUCUUAAUAUUAUGAAUACAGGAUAAAGUGCUAAUUUAAUCACAAAAAAUUGUCUACACAUCAAAACAAAGAUUCAAAUUUAUGACGAAAUAAUACUGUAGUCAAAAUAUUGUGAGGAUAAAGUUCUAAAAAGGAAGUUGUAAUAUUACCAAAUAAAGCAUACGUAUACAAGAAUAAAUAUUGUAAGAACUUUUUUAAAAAUUAUUUUGUGACAAAAUAUUAUGACUAUAAAGUUGUAAAAUUUGGAAAGUUGUAAUAUUACCAAAUAAGGUGUAAGGAGUUUUAUGAGAAAGUUGUAAUAUUGUUGCAAUAAAUAGUCCUAAAAUAAAUACAUGGUUAUAAUUUGAUGACAAAAACCAGAUUGAAUAUGAAAUUGUAAGUUUAUGACAAAAAAUCUAAAUAAUGAUUAUAAGGUAAACAUGAAUUCUUACAAUAUUGGGCCUGUUUUUGCAAUAUGACCUAUUCCCCCAUAAAAAUAUCACUAUUAAUAUAACAUUAUGACUUUUUUUCCUCUCCUAACAUCACAAUUUAGUUUCCUGUCAGUGUGACUCUUGUACUCGUUCAUAGAAAGCACCUGCAUCAUCUGCGGUUUUUGUUGUGUUUUUAAAAAAAAAUUUAUUAGCCUUCAGGUGCUGCAUGUGUCGUGACUGCUUCAAUCGAACCUGAGGUGCUAGCUGCUGUUAGCAUGCCGUCAAUUACCUCCCGUGUGAACGUGGACGCUGAGAGACGUGCACCCGCUGCGGUCCGCGUUCAUGGAACUGACUUAUUUAACCGUGAACUAUUUACACUAAAUAUGUUUACUCGCGUCAAUGUCAGUGACCUCAUACUCACUGAGAUGUCUUUGCUUUUUAACACACAACUCUUGUAACACCAUGCUUUCUCUACAUACAAUAACGGUGCCACUCAUGUAGCAGUCUAACAUAUACUUUAAAAGCAAUUAAGUCAUUUUUU